AUGACUAGUGAAACAACCUUGAAAAGGGGGUUUGACUCAUUAGAUAAUGGAGAUGCCAAAAGAAGUAAGAUAUCUUCAGUGUUGUUGAAUGAAACAUCUAGUCGCCCUGCACAACCGAAAAUAGGCAUAAAGGAGAGUGAUGUCGGCAUUACCGAGUACGUUUAUCAUGGGUCCGGUUCCAGAAUUACAGGUAUCUUGAAACAGAGAUAUACAGACUUUCAGGUUAAUGAAAUUGCUCCUGAUGGAAAGGUGAUACACUUGGAAGACUUGGGAAUUGAUACUCCUAAGAAAUCAGAAGAAGAGAAAGACAAAGAGAAGAAAGAACGGAAGGAACGACAAGAGGAAAAGCGGAAAGAGGACAAGCAGGAGUUUGAUAUCUCCGAACAAGACAAAAAUGUCCUUACCGAAUUACUUGGUAAGGAUGAUACAGAAAAGCUCAUUUCUAUGGUUGGUACUAGAAACAAGAUGGAGACAACCAAGUCAUAUCCAGAUAAGAUGGAACGCACCAAAGUGCACAAGCUGAUAAGAAAGAUCUUUGACAAUAGUUUCGAGACUGCCACUACAGAGGAUGAUAAAAUUAUAGUUGGAGCCAAUUCGUUCCGUAAUCAUGAGAAAAGGGAAAAUACUCAUGGCAACAAUGCUCCAGGACUUAUCCACAACCUUGGUCCUCGUAAAACAUUUUUAUGGUUCAACAUGUACAAGCAGAACAAAGAAACAAUGGAAGUGGCAAACAUUCUUGCCAAAAUCAUGGGUAUUCCUGUCAAGCAUGUUAAAUAUGCAGGUACCAAGGAUAGAAGGGGUGUUACUGUUCAAAAGGCUUCUUUAGAGAACGUUCCUGUUGAAAGGGCCAAUUCUUUGAAUAGAAUAUUGCGUGGCUGCCAAAUUGGUGGAUUCGAGUACAGCGAUACUCCGGUUAAUUUGGCUGCCUUAGCUGGUAACGAGUUCAUCAUAACUUUAAGAGACGCUAAAUCUAUCGAUUCAUCGAUCACUCUUGAAGAAGCUGUUUCGUCCAUUGUGAAAUCGCUUUCUACAAUAGGGUUUGUUAAUUACUACGGUAUGCAGAGGUUCGGAACAUUUUCGGUCUCCACUCAUGAGGUUGGUAAGGAAAUCUUGAACGGUAACUGGAAAGCUGCGGGUGAAUUGAUUCUUAGCGAACAAGAGAUUGUUGUUCCCUCUUCAAGAGAUGCCAGACAUAUUUGGAAACAAACUAGAGAUGCAAAUAUGGCAUUGAAGAAGAUGCCUAGAAAAUGCAGUGCGGAGUUCUCUCUUUUAAGUCGGUUGGACCGCUCAGAGAAGGAGGACGAUGGCGAAUAUUCUUCUGGAGCGUAUUUCAACGCUAUCAUGGGCAUUCCUAGAAAUUUAAGAAUCAUGUAUGGUCAUUCUUAUCAAUCCUAUGUGUGGAAUGUUGUUGCUUCUCGUCGUGUCCAACUCUUUGGGUACACUGUUGUUCCAGGUGAUUUAGUUCUUAUCAAUAAGAAGGUACAGGACGGCGAUAUGGUAGAGGACGUCAAGAAUGAGACUGUCACCACUGCUUUAGCCGUUACUGAGGACGAUAUCAAAGCUGACAAGUACACUAUUCACGAUAUAGUUCUUCCAACACCAGGCUAUGAUGUGGUAUAUCCUGAAAAUGAGGAAUUGAGAAAUUCUUACGUUGAAGUGAUGAAAAAAGAUGGUCUUGAUCCCUUCAAUAUGUCUAGAAGAGUGAGAGAAUUCUCGCUACCAGGUACGUACAGAAAAGUGAUUGCCAGGGCAGGCAAUUUGGAGUAUUACAUAAGAAAGUACGACACCUUCACAGAUGAAUUGGUUAGAACUGAUCUUGAGAUAUUGAAUUUGCUUAAAAAGGCCACGGAAGAGGGUAAAAAGGAUAUUAGUGUGGAUAGAAUACUUCCUGGAGAUCCUAACGGUGAUAAAAGUGCCUUGAUAAUUAAGAUGCAGCUUCCAUCCUCUACAUAUGCAACUAUGGCUUUGAGAGAACUCAUUGUCGAAGAUACUUCAAUUCAUGGAGGAGUUCCAAAGAAGAACUAA